AAUAAAACGAGAGAGAGAGAGAGAGAGAGAGAGAGAGAGAGAGAGAGAGAAGGACAGUAACAGGACCAGAAAUCCAACAAAUUCUGGAACAGUGAAGCAAAAAUGGAGACAAUAGCAGAACACAGUCUUCAAAGUCCCAGACAGGAGGGAAGGGGCGCUGCACGAGACACCGCCCACGAGAGAGACACGGCAGAAGACACAAGAAUCUCACAGACUAACCAAGAGAAAGACAGGGAAGACAGACAGGAAGGACAGAAAAUAAGCGUUCUUCCUACCAUUCCUUCCUGCGACGAUGACGGAGGAGGUGAAGAAGGCGAAGGAGGAGGAGGUGAAGAAGGCGAAGGAGGUGAGAGAGAUGAGGAUAAAGAGAUUCAGAAUACCAGUACCUCCUCCACGUCUGCAGAAGAGCAUGUUAGCUCUCCCUCAAGCUCAGACACGGCACAGGCCUCCUCCAGCGGCUGCAGUAAGGGAGCCACGCCCCCCACCUCUCUCCCGCUGGUGCCCAAGAGUAACAUGAAGCCCCCAGCCAAAAACUGCUUCAGGCUUGUGGUUCUUGGCGCCUCCAAGGUGGGCAAGACUUCCAUUGUGUCCAGGUUCCUGAAUAACAAGUUUGAUGAGUCCUACACGCCCACCAUUGAGGACUUCCACCGCAAACUGUACAGGAUCCGCGGGGACGUGUACCAGCUGGACAUCCUCGACACGUCAGGCAACCAUCCUUUCCCAGCCAUGCGCAGGCUCUCCUUCCUCACAGGUGACCUCUUUAUCUUGGUGUUCUCAUGGGACUCACGAGACUCUUGGAACGAGAUCCUGCGCCUAAGGGAGCAGAUUGUCGAGACCAAGAAUUGUGUCACGUCCUCACUUUCCGGCAGCCGCAGGAGAUUGAGGGGCGGCGUGACGAGAGUGCCAAUGGUGAUAGCAGGCAACAAGGUGGACAAAGAGCACAGGGUCGUGACAGCGGAGGAGGUGCAAAAAUUCGUGGCCUCGCUGUCCUGCUGUGCCUACGUGGACGCCUCUGCUAAGAUGAACUACAACGUGGAUAAGCUGUUUUACGAAUUGUUUGUCUUGGCUAACCUGCCCAUGGAGAUGUCGCCAGCCCUGCAUAAGCGAGUGUGCCCCAUCCAGCAAGGGCAAACCACCGCCAGUUCCUGCCCAGUCGGUAUUCCAGGAAGCUCCGGGAGGCAUCGGGGUUUGUCAAUACGCAGACGACUCAGUGAUGCAUAUGGUAUGGUGGCGCCGAACGUACGCAGGCCUUCCAUUCGCACAGAUCUUCUCAUCCUCCGCGCUAAGACAAGUCUCCAUCUAACUGGUCUGGAUACUUUUACUGAGAAGAAACCAAGGAAGGAAGUCUCUUGUGUUAUCCAGUGAGCUUCUGUGUGUGUGUGUGUGUGUGUGUGUGUGUGUGUGUGUGUGUGUGUGUGUGUGUGUGUGCCCAGGUGCCGCGGGUGAUUAAUAAGCGCUCACAGGUGUCUCGUUAGUGCAGGUGUGUCUAGCAGCCGUUGCUAAUGAGGUGUCAGUGUGGUGAGGUUUCAAAACGCUCUGGAGUUGUUGCGAUCGUUUUCAAGAGUCCGUGGGAAGUGACUAAUCUGUUUCUCAUGGGUGUCUUUUCGUAUUGACAGCGUAGAUUCCCUCUCAAACCAUCUCUAAUAGAAAGUAAAAAGUAAAGAAAUGUAUUGAAAAUCCCAUCACUUCAAUUCAAGGCAUUUAAAUUGUCUCUGGAAUCACUAGGACUCUGAAAACUCAAGCAGCUUUUACUAAACUUUGUUAAAAUGCAACUAGAAGCACUAAAACACUCAUGGAAACUCAAACAGCUUCCACCAGACCAUGGUAAUCAUGUAUCACUAAUUAUUACAAACACAGCGAAAAUCUAAACAACUUUCACACACACUACCAGGCUACCACGAGGCACACCAAAACACUCGAAAUUUCAAAUAACUUCCACGCAAGCCUAUUUAAACUCUCAUUAACCCCUUCAGUAUCAUGACGCGUUUUCAUAUUUAUUCUCCUCACAAUUUGGUGAUUUUGCACAGCUUCAGAAACUUAUGUGGGGAUUAAAAUAGUGAAGACUGGCCAUUAACCUUCUCACCUCCAUAGACCCUUUCUGAUGUAAAUAAAAUCGUCUAAUCACAUCCCAAAUUUAUGGUAAAAAUGCGUUCUAGCACUGAAGGGGUCAAUCAAUAGAACACCUUUGAAAACCACUCAGAACUUCCAUGGAACUAUUUAGCUUCUAUCAGGAACACUAUCACACCCUUGCACAGGAGAACUUAUACACCACUAGAGGUUGUUCAAAGUUACCAAGACGUGACGGUGAAUCGAUUUAGAACACGAACCGCUGGAACAUCACACAGGUAAGCCGAAACACCUGUGGCACUUUUUAAAACCUGCCUCUCACAUCUGCGCUGGACGGGGCUGCAUAGUAUACUGAAUUACCGUGUGCUGCUAACCGGAGAAGGGGAAGACUAAUAAAUAAGUGGGAUAAUUAAGUGUCACGUGUCAUCAAAAAUAUAUAAAAAAAAGAAAACUGUGUUCCAUAUAAUAUAGACUUUAAAACACACGUACGUAAAGAUCUUUGUUGCUUCAUUUGUUAUUAAGGAAAUGUUGAGUGUUUUAAUGAUGUUUCCUUCCGUUUCUAGAGUGUCAUUAUUGUUCGUUUUGUUCCUCGAGUGUUUAGAUGAUCCAUAGUGAUGAUGAUGAUGAUGAUGGUGGUGAUGAAGAUGGUGAUUUGAUGUUUAUACGAUAAUAAUAAUAAUAAUAAUAAUAAUAAUAAUAAUAAUAAUAAUAAUAAUAAUAAUAAUAAUAAUAAUGAUAGUGUAUAGUAAUGACCAUCAGUGUUAUUUGUUGUUCAUUAUAGAUUCUUGACAUGAUAAUAGGAAGAAAUGUUAAUACACUCUGUAAUCUCUCUUCUUUUUCAAUAACAACACAAUAAAUGAAGAAAUAAAUGCUUUACCAUCGAAAAAAAAGUCUUUGAAGAAAUAAAGAAAAAUUACUUUACGAAAAAAAAAGACCUAGAUACACAUAAAACACACUCUGACCCAAAAACAUUCGCUCAGGACCAAAAAAAAUCAAAAUACCAACACUUCAAAACACUCAUCCACUCACUGCACCGUUCACCAUCACUCCUCACCAUCAUCACAGUCACCAUCACAGCUCAAUACCUCACCACACUACCGACAAGCCACUCACUCAAUCCAAACCCAUCAACACCAAUGAUAAUGAUAAAAAAGAUAGACACAAAUGACAAAACUCAACAGUAUUCAUAGGCAGUAGUCACGUGGUCUGUAGAUUUUUGUACUGUUUUUCUUAAGCUUCCCCACAAAAAAAUAAAUAAAUAGAAUAAAAUCAAAUAGAAUAAAUAAGUAACUAUAUACAUUAACUGUGUGUAAGCUUCACGUCUUAAUGGUAAACGUAUGUAUGUAUGUAUGUAUGUGUGUGUGUAUGUAUGUAUGUAAGGAAACUAUUUAUGAUACUUGUCAAUAUAUUAAUAAAAAACAUGUCUGGAA